UAAUGUUAUUCCCAUUCAUUCAUAAAUCAAGUGGUCCACUGGCAAGUUCUGUCUCUGUCCCUCCAUCUCCGUUCAGUCAACACACAGCGCCUUCCCCUCUCUUUCCUGCCUGCUCCCCCCUUGUCAGUUCUCUCUCACCAAUAGAGCGUCAUUUCCUUUUGGGCCGCCCUGUGUGCCUUUUGCUUAUGUAUCAUCUAUACUAUAUAUGUGUGUGUGUGUAUAUAUAUAAACCUCAUCUCCCCCUCCUCCCAAGUCCCAAGUUCAUUCCGAAACCAGAGCUAAGUAACCACAAGAACUACCGAGACACACACAUAUACAUCCCAGUUGCAAUGCCGAUUCCGGUGCCUCCAACAUUUACACCAAAGUCCGACAACAUGCCGAGCAUGAGCAUGAGCAGCAGCAGCGAGAGUGUAGAUGGAGCUGCUCUUAAGAUAAGUGGCGAGGUGAUGGUUGGCGCUGUCAUAUUCCUUUUCAUGGUUCUUGUCUUUGUCAUCCUCCUCUACUUAUACGCCAGGCGCUACUGGGGUGCCACCCUCGGACUCAACGGCUCUUCACAUUCCCGCCGCCUUAUCUUCGUUCCAGACACCGCCCCCCGUCGCCGCGGCCUAGAUGAAUCCGUACUCCACUCUCUCCCCGUUGCUACCUUCUGCUCCUCCGACUUCAAGGACGGCCUCGAGUGUGCCGUUUGCCUCUCUGACAUCUCCGAUGGCGAGAAAUUUCGCCUCCUCCCCAAGUGUAACCAUGGCUUCCAUUUGGAGUGCAUAGACAUGUGGUUCUUCUCCCACUCCACCUGCCCUCUCUGCCGUUCCGCUGUCGCCCCUGAACCUAUUAUGCGGGUUCCAGGAAACCCAGUGCCCGCCGCUCCUUCUACAGAGGAGAUAGAGGCAGAGGCAGAAGCAGAAGCAGAGGUUCCCACGCCGGAAUUCCCGACCAAUGUGCUCUUCUGGGGCACCCCGAACCAGGUCAGCGCCACAGUCCCUCCGAUACAAAUACAGGGGUCCUCAAGUGCUCCGCAGAGGACGGAAGGGGUGCUGGUCAUCGACAUCCCAAAAAGAGCCAUGGAGGGCUUCUCUUCCUCUGUUUCUACAUUCACGUCCAGCAGAGCCACGGUGGAGGAGGCCAAGUCCCCGGCGGAAGCUUCCGACAUGAAGUCUCCGGCCUCGGCCAGGUUUAAGUCAUUGAUAAGGCUAUUGAGUUUUGGAAAGAGGAGUGCUGCCGGACCCUCCACCUCGUCUUGGAGCAGCCCGAGAGAAGGAGGCGAUGUGGAGCUGGGUCAGGGAGUGCUUGCGACUGCUACCACUCCCAGAACACCACCCAUGCGUUCAUAGAUACUGGAUACUGGAUACACCUUCCAAGUUCCAACCUUCAUUUCUUCUCACUGCAUGUACUUGGUUCUUUCACUGAUCAACCCAACUAUUAUAUAAAAUAGUUUGUUGAUUCAGACUCACACCGACAGAGGAGGAGAGCUUGUCGCACAGAGUCUCCUUCAUCUUGUCAGCCUCGGGCUCAGGCUCAGGCUCAGGCUCAGCCUCAGCCUGCCCAAUUUUAUUUGUACAGAGAAAAUUCUCUACUUCUCAUCUCUCCUAUACAUCCAUUACAUAAUACAUACUUGAUUAAUCCUUCCUA